AGAGAAAGAGAGCAGGGAUGCUGCCUUAGUAAAUGGAGAAGUAAGCUCAAGAACGCCUAUUUUUUCGCCAGCGCGACGAAUUGCAGCAAAUGAAAGCGAAUAUGAGGGUUCGGCACUGGUAAAGACGAGUCCAUCAGGAGCAGCGGGUACUCCAGGAUCGGCAGCCGUUUCCUCGACGAACAACAACGGUUUCGUCUCGACGCCUGCUUACUCAGGCAAGUUAUUCCUCCCAGGUUCCGUCGCUCGUCUGCCAGAACCAGACUAUAGUCCACCUUUUGCAGCUCCUAGUACGACGACUUCUCCUGUCAAGCAGCAACGCUUUAGACCUUCGUUGUCGACCACCAAUGAAAGUACUGGUGAGCUGCAGCAACGAACAGGUCGUGCUUCGCAGGACACUUCCAAGA